AUGGCGAGCAUAAAAGUGGCCAGCGAUGAAGCCAUCAACCAGAUGAAAUCGAAGCAGCAAAGCGAGCUUCUGGAUGCGAUCGACAAACUGCGGCGAGAGCACAUUGACGCUGAAAUCAGCAUACCUCAAAUUGUUGUAUGUGGUAAUCAGUCCAGCGGCAAGAGCUCAGUCCUCGAAUCGCUGGCAAGAGUUCGGUUUCCGGCUGGACAGGGCGUGGUAACGAAGUUUGCUACUGAAGUCGUCCUUAGGAACACCGAGCAUCCAAGCAUGAAGGUCAGCUUGAACGCUUUUACACAGCGAAAGACAGCAUCGAGCCUUCCAAAUCCCUUUCCACAACACGACCAGGAUCUGAUCGACAAGAUUGAAGCUUUUCGGCCAGGGUUCAAUGUCGAAGGGCCAGAAGACUUUCCUUUGGUCAUCAAAGCAGCGACUAGCCAUCUCGCGCACUUGGGAACAACAGGCUCAAUUUGCAGUCAUCUGUUGCGAGUCGAGAUAUCAGGCCCAGAAAACCCCCAUCUAACCUUAGUCGAUCUUCCAGGGCUCAUAUCUAACGACCAAACCAGCAACGUGGAAGCCGGGGACAUGGCAAGGAUCGCAAAUCUUGUUGCUCGCUACAUGAAAGAACCUCGCAGCAUUGUUGUAGCCAUCUUCGACGCCUUGCUUGACCAAGAGUCACAGCAUGUCUUCAAAGUCGUGACAUCAUCAGCGGCGACACAAAGAACUAUUGGCGUUAUCACAAAACCUGAUCGACUCGUACCCGGCUCAGACCAAGAGAAGUUUGUUGCCCGCUUGGCUGAGAAUGAGCAGAUACAUCUUGGUCUUGGCUGGCACGUCGUUCGAAACUUGGCUCAUGAAGAUCAGGACCGCUCGCUUGAGCACCAUCAAGACCUGGAGGGUAGCCUCUUCUCCAGCGACAUUUGGCACACCCUUUCCAAAGCAGAUCUCGGGGUCACGGCGCUCCGACAAAAGCUUGGCCGUGCACUAUUCCACUCUAUACGUGGCGAUUUGACCGAGUUGAUCGCUGAGAUGCGCCGAAAGCUAACUACGAAACAACUCGAGUUGGAAUCGCUCGGUUCACCAAGGGAGUCAAUCGCGGAGCAAAGGACUUACUUGAACAGCGUCGCGCAGAAGUUUGCCCGCCUCGUGGAGUCGAGCUUGGAGGGUGAUUAUCUCAAGCAAGAAUUCUCGACGUUCUUUGCAAAUGACAGCAAUAGGACUCGCGAGACCAUACGAGAAAUUGUGGAGACGUUCGUGGCAGAUAUCCGCGUCAAUGGGCAGAACCGUAAAGUGCAGGGAGAAGGUGCAAAAUCAAGUAGCGACGAGAAAGCCACCCUCACCGCAACGGAGCAAAAAGCCUCUCUCCUCAACGGGACUGCUGACCCAUCACUCUACUGCAAGAAGGUUGCCACCAUCAUGUCCAAAUGUCGAGGAAAAACUCUGGUGGGUCAGAUCCCACUUGAGACAGUGACUGCUAUAUUUCGCGAGCAGUCAUUACCCUGGGAAGCGAUAUCGACCAAAUAUCUCGACUUUUGUAAGUCGGAAGUUCAACGCUUUAUGAGAUCAGCGAUCUACCACGUCGCCGGUCAGCAUACCGGAGACCUUCUCUGGCAAGAGUACAUUUACCAGGUCCUCGUGGCCAAAUCUGCUAGUCUCGAUCUGAAGCUUUCAGAACUCUUGUGGCCGUACCAAAAGUGUCAUCCAAUGACGACGAAUCGUCGUUAUUGGGAAGAAGUCAAGGCUCUUGGCCCUUCAGAGACCGUGACCAAGAUUGCUGACGAACCGGUCGUUGUUUUCGGCCAAGUCAAUCCUAUCAAUGACAGAUCGGGUCCAGCACCGUGGAGUCGUGCAGCUCGUGAUCGAAAAUGGAACAGCGAGCUGUUAGUCGCUGCAGAAGCCAUUGAUAGGGCUGAGGCUUACUACAACAUCGCGGUCGAAACCUUUGUUGAGAAUGUCGCUACGUUGGCUAUUGAGGCAUGCCUUCUGGCAGGUCUGGGCGAAGCCAUACCAGCAGAGACGGUAUGGAACCUGGACGCGGAUGCCAUCGCGAAGUUGGCUGCUGAGCCACAAGGCAUUGCCGAUACGCGCGAGAAAACGGCAAGACAGAUCAAGGCACUCAAAGAGGCCAUUGGGACUUGUGAACGGCACGUACAGCAGCGGAAAUUCAUCCCGCAUGUUCCAGAACGGGCAGUCGACGCCACCCCUGGAAGCCAGCUCUUCAAGUCUACAGCCCCAGAAUCUGUCGCUGAAAAGCCUUCCAGCUUCAAUAGCGGAUCAGGAUUUGGGAGACCAAAGACUAGAAGCCAGCCUAUGUGGUCUCGAAACAAGUCGCCUGCUUUCAAUCAUGUCGAGGAUACCACGCCGCUUCACCAGAGGCUGGGGUCUAUGAAUAACGGAGACAGCAACGCUAUCUCGUCCAACUGGUCUGGGAUCACGCCGCCGAAAGAAGGCUUUGAGGUAGGAGGCCACAAUCAUGGGCUCUUUGGUCAACCUUCGCACGAGGCCAGCAGUCUUUUCGGAUCGAAGAACACGCCAUCGAAGGAUCGAACCACGUUGCCUGAGACUCAAAAUUUGGCUUUCAGGAUGCCUGGGACGAGUGACCCAGUUAGCGGUGAGUGGAUAUUCUCCCCUAGAGCACAUUCGAGCGGCAUGGGAGGGCGACACGACCCGCAGCUAGAUGUCGUGGAGCACUUCCAUAGCAUCACAGCCCACAGUCCGUUUCUGAAGUCGUCUUUUGAGGUCAGAAGCUAG